GGGCUACACCUGGCUGCCAGGUGAGCACUCACUAGCUGUCUGACGGCGGAGAGGGACUAUCACCUAUACACCACGUCCUGGAUGACUCGCUAGUUCCCGCUUCCCCUGUGACCGUCGUUAAUAAGUACUAACAUCUUGUACACUUGUACAGACCAAGAGACGCGCUUUGGAGCUAAGUGGUAAUAUUGUGCGUGUGUUCGCCCGUGUUGGUUUACCGUGGACUGUAACGGCACGAUGGCAAAUGGUGUGGAACGCAUGGACUUCACCGACAUGCAAAGAUACAGCAGUGAGUCGAACCUGACAAAUGGAAAGAAGAAGCAAAAUGGAGGGUGUUACGUCAGCACGGCAGUUGGCUUUUUGAUGGUGCUGUUGGUGAUUGCAAUCGCCGUGGGGGUGGGGCUGAUUGUUCAUUUUGCUGGGGGUGAGAAGUCCGUUGUGUGUACCUGGCCCUCCACCAAUGGGGCCCAACAAGGGCAACAGUCCGGCAACAAGGGGACCACCCCAGGUCCGGAUUAUAUGAAGAAACAAUGCAAAAAGAUGGCCAUGGAUGGCGACAUGGAAAUAUGCACGGAGUGUCCAUCAGGCACGACGGGAAUGACGACACCGUCCCCGACGACUAAACCACUGGUGACGGAUGUGAGGAUACCCCUGGCGCUGUACCCCGUGUAUUACGACAUAGAAAUACAGCCAAACAUGUACGAAGGACCGGCCGAGAACUUUACCUUCAAUGGGAAAACAAGAAUCCAGCUUCGCUGCGACACACCCACCCGGAACGUCACUCUGCAUACCAACAAACUUCAGAUCACUCCCGGAAGUUUGGAAUUUGGCGCGGAACCUGGAACGGCCGCAGCGCCCUCUAUCGACAACUGGGUGUGGGACAAGGACCGACAAUUCAUGGUGAUCCAUCUGAACGGGGUCCUUGUAAAAGAUGGGCUGUACUAUGUGAAGAUGAGUUACAUUGGGCCCCUGAAAGAUGACCUGCACGGCCUCUAUCUGUCCAAAUAUGAACAGAAUAACGACACGAUCUACGUUGCCGCGACCCAGUUCCAGCCUACCGACGCCCGAAAGGCAUUCCCCUGUUUUGACGAGCCCGCCAUCAAGUCUAACUUCAAUAUCACCCUGGUGAGGAAGAGCCAUCUCAGGUCACUGUCCAAUAUGCCGAUCACCGACUCUCAAGACAGGGGGAACAACUGGGUGGCUGAUGUUUACCAGACAACCCCGAAGAUGCCAACAUACCUGGUUGCUUUUGUUGUGUGCAACUUUGAAUAUACCAAUCAAACCACGACCAACAACAUACUGUACAGGGCGUGGUCCAGGCCGGAGUCAGUGGACCAGACCCCCUACGCCCUGGAUGUGGGGGUGAAGAUCUUGACUUACUAUGAGGAGUACUUCGAUGUUCGUUUUCCUCUCCCAAAACAAGACAUGAUCGCCAUACCUGACUUCGCUGCUGGUGCCAUGGAGAACUGGGGUCUCAUCACGUACAGAGAGACGGCCAUGUUGUAUGAACCGGGCGUGUCGUCAGAGGGCAACAAACAGCGAGUCGCCGUUGUUGUGUCUCACGAACUGGCACAUCAGUGGUUUGGAGAUCUUGUGACGCCAUCUUGGUGGGAUGACCUCUGGUUAAACGAGGGCUUCGCCAGCUUUGUGGAAUACAUGGGAGUGGAUUUCGUUCAUCCAGACUGGAAGAUGUUUGAGCAGUUCGUAGUGGAGGAUCUCCAAGACGUCUUCGACUUCGACAGCCUCAUCUCCUCUCACCCCGUGUACGUUCCUGUUGCCCACCCUGACGAGAUCAAUGAGAUAUUUGACAGGAUCUCAUACGCUAAGGGGGCCUCCAUUAUCCGGAUGAUGCGGUUUUUCCUGGGGGAGGAGACGUUCCGUCUCGGCCUCUCCAAAUACCUCAAGAGCAAGGCUUACGCUGCUGCGUUUCACGACGAUCUGUGGGCCUCCCUCACCGAGCAAUCAAACCUUGAGGGGAAAAACAUCAACGUGAAGGAAGUGAUGGACACCUGGACGCUGCAGAUGAACUACCCGGUUGUCAUGGUGAUUCGUGAAGGCACACGCAUUAGGGUAUCCCAGCAACGCUUUCUGACAGACGCUAACGCUACCGAUCCCGGAAAAUACACGUCCAGUUUCGGGUACAAGUGGGAGAUACCUUUCGCCUACACCAGCAGCAUCGAGAACAACUUCAACAAGACUGACGCCGACAUCAGCUGGAUCAAACCCAACAGCAACCAAUUGGUAUUUGACAACCCUACCGUGAUCCCCCCAAGGUCGGACAACACGAGCUGGGUGCUUGGCAACCCCAUGCAGUACGGCUACUACCGCGUCAACUACGACGCGGCCAACUGGGUGGCUCUGAUUAACCAGCUGAAGAUGGAUCACUCGCAAAUCCACGCAAUCAACAGAGCGCAGAUUAUUAACGACGCCUGGAGUUUGGCCAAAGCUGGGCUGGUGUCUCAAGAUGUCGCUCUGCGGACGGUGGAGUAUCUGGACGGCGAGCUGGAGUACAUCCCUUGGGCGGCGGCUAAUCGACAGCUGGGAUACGUAGACACCAUGCUGACCAAGACAGGGCUGUACGGGGCAUUUGCGGCUUUCAUGAAGGCGAAGGUUCAGACGUCAUUUAACAUCCUCGGAAUGAACAACACAGGAGCCUCGCAUCUGGAAUCAUACAUCCGGUCCCUUAUAUCCAAGUUAGCGUGUGACUACGGAAUCCAAGCCUGCACUGACGAGGCGCUGAGGCUGUUCCGACAAUGGAUAAACACCCCAGCAAACAACCCCAUCGACCCUGGACUGAAGAGCACCGUCUACUGUACCGCCAUCAAGUAUGGUGGAGUGGCAGAGUGGGACUUUGCCUUCAAACAAUACAAGACGGCGACAGUGGCGGCGGAAUCGGCACGGCUGUUGUCCUCCAUGGGAUGUUCACGGGAACCCUGGAUUCUUAGUCGAUUCCUGAACAGAGCUUUGAUGCCAGAGGAAAUCCGGAAGCAGGACGCCCUGAAUGUACUGGUGUAUGUGUCCCGGAACUCUAUAGGGCAGGGUAUUGCAUGGGACUUCUUCAGGAACAGAUGGGACACCAUCAGGAACGAGUAUGGCACAGCAUUCUUCGCCUUCACUCGUCUGAUUGGAGGAAUCACAGAAUCAUUUAACACACCCUUCCAGUUGAAACAGCUUCAGACGUUUGUGGACACGCAUCCCGACCAGGGUUCCGGCAAGCGGGCCUUUGACCAGGCCAUCGAGAAGACAAACGCUAACAUCAAGUGGAUGGACGCCACUGAUGAGUGUCAGACGUGGCUUAGAGACCAGGGGCUCUACAACGAAUAGAGAGUAAUGCCUAUCUAACAUGGAUUUCGAGACUUUGGAGGGGGUUUUGCUGGCCCCGGUGUAAAUUCAAAUAUGAAAUUACGAUAAUUUCGACUGGGAACAAAUCUUGAAAUGUUGGGAAAAUACGAUGAUAUAUUUUUUACACUCUAUCGCACGUAUAUUCAUAAUUAGUCCCGGAAAUAUUGGGCUAACAUCUUCACCAGUAGCCUGAUUAGCCCUCCGAAUGUGCCACAUGUAAUGUCGUAAAAGUCACAUAAUUGAAGAAGUUACCGAUGCUCUUAUAAGUUAUGCAUUAUUGUCCAGUACGCAUUGAGAUCAGUGUGCGAAAUAGCCACUGGUCCGAUUGGCUAGUAAAUUUCCAAGCGAUCAUUUUUUAAAUAUAUUACUUUCACAGACUUGUUAAGUUAUAAUACACUUUUAAAUCAUGCAGGAUUAUGGCCUGAUGAAUAAUGGUAUUUUACCCUUUUGUAAUCUUUUGCUUAGCUUCUACAUUCAAAUUUCGGGCUAGUGAAUUAUUUUGUGGGCUAGUAAUUUUCAGGCAUAGCUAGCCCGACUGGCUUGUAAAAUUUGGAAAGUAUUUCGCACACUGAUUGAGAUGCAUUUUCAGGGGUUUACCUUCUCCUCUAUGGGUCCAGAGGACUUCUCCCCUCCCCACACGCAAUAGAUCAUUUUAUGGUUCCUAAUGAAAUGGUGUGAUUUAAUGGAAGAUAUAACCAGGGACCUUAUAUUUCUUGUCAAGACUUUUACACAACGACAAUUACUGUGCAUCCCUCGGGACACAAUACAACUAUUUUGUUUUGAGUCCAUUCUAUACAGUUGUGUAUUGGACGCACGUUUCUGCGUAAAACCCUGAAGUUAAAGUAAUGUCGGACUCAUGGAGUGUCAGCACAGACUGUUUUCCUGGAUACGUUGCGCGACCGCUUCACUGAGUCGCCAGCGCAGCAUACCUGGAGAACCAGACGAAUGUCCCCAGCGCUUCACGCAGACACGUGUGGUACCUGAGUUCAAGUUCUGAGUAUAAUUAGGUGGACCGUGUGAUGUACAGUUUUAUAUAUUCAAGGCUUAAAGAUAUUCUCUAUAUAUCAAACUAUUUUGUAAAAGAUAGAAAAACGUUUUUUAUAACAUUGAUUAUUCAGUAUUUUUACAAACUGUUGUUAUAAACAUUGUUCAUAUUAAAUACGAGUUUAUAAAAUACAA